AUGUCUCCCACCAUGGUAGAACCCAACAGCUUGGAUGUCAUGUGUCUGAACAAAUACUGCAACAGCUCCUCAUCGUCAUCCAGCUCGGAGAACGAGAAAAAGAUCUGGACCAAGCUGAAGCUGAAUUUGGCCCAAGAUUAUCCGAGGAAGAACGCGGAGAUCCUGAGUGGACAAUACGGGACCAAUUUGCUCCUGAUUGGAGCGGCGCUCAUGCUGGCCCUGGCCCACCACAGCCCUUCUGUCAAAGAAGACCACCUGCUGUCUUUCGUCACCUGCCUCAUGAUCCUCCAACUCGUCUGGAUGUUGUGGUACAUGCUGGUGCGGACCCGACACAAGAAUACUCGUGCUGAGAAAGACGUCCAUGCCACCACGUGCUGGAUCAGAGGUGGCUUGACUCUUCUUGCACUUCUCUCAAUGAUUAUGGACGUGUUCCGAAUCGGAUAUUAUGUUGGGUAUCAAGCUUGUGUGUCGGCCAUUCUUGGGGUAUAUCCUGUCAUCCAUGCGAGCCACACUAUAGCCCAGGUGCACUUUCUCUGGUUUCACAUCAAGGAUGUCGUCAAGCGUUUUGAAACAUUAGAGAGAUUUGGUGUCAUCCAUGCAGUCUUUACCAACCUCCUACUCUGGGCCAAUGGUGUGAUGUCGGAAGCCGAGCACUUCUUGAACAACCAUAAUAGAAGGCUCUCUGCCCUGGGCUAUGGAAACCUCACUAUAGUUCACACCGAGCCUCACUGUAACUGCACCACCAGCACUUGCUCCAUGUUUUCCAGCAGUCUCUACUAUCUGUAUCCCUUCAACAUCGAAUACCACAUCUUUGUCUCCGCCAUGCUCUUUGUCAUGUGGAAGAACAUUGGAAGGAACAUUGACCUUUCUUCGAAUCAGAAACGGCUAGCUACCAAAACCCAAGGUUUGACCUUGGGCCCUGUUUUGGGUCUAGUCGCCUUGGCCAGUACCAUCGGGAUUCUGGUGGUUUACAUAACACACAUGGAAGGUUCCGUUCCAACUCGGCGCUCGGCCAUUUCCAUGUUCUACAUCUACGGCAUCAUCAUGCUGGCGUUUAUGUGUGCCGCCUGCGCCUCGGGUUUGCUCAUAUACCGAGCGGAUCGCAUGGCACCGGACACCUCGAAGAACCCCUCCAGACAGUUGGACACAGAACUGCUUUUUGGAUCAUCUAUCGGCUCCUGGUUCAUGUCCUGGUGCAGCAUCGUAGCCGUGCUGGGAGCCGACAGCAGUCCGCCGUAUCGCUGGACCAAUUUGGUCUAUUCUUUGCUUGUGGUAUUAGAGAAGUGCAUCCAGAACCUCUUCAUCGUAGAAUCCCUCUACCGCCGGCAGGACGACACCGGGCGGGGUGACCCCGAAUUAGUGGCUUCGUCUGAAAUCUUCUCGGUGACGUCUUCUUUGGCCCCACCUUACAAUGGCAUCUUCAACCGAGCCUACGACACACCGGACCGGGCUUGCGUCGCCAUGGAGAACGAGCAAGAAGAGAGCGGACAAGUGUACAAAUUAGCGGAGGUGCCACAGCCUUUUGGAAACCAAGUCGCCGACGCUCCCAAUGUCAAGAGGCAAAUCCUGAAGAACAUCGCCAUCUUCUUAAUUAUGUGCAACAUCUCGCUGUGGAUCCUCCCCGCCUUUGGCUGUCGGCCGCAGUACGAAAAUGGGUUGGAACAGGAGGCCUUCGGUUUCAGUACAUGGACUACAACUCUCAAUUUUGCGGUUCCUUUAAACCUAUUCUAUCGCAUGCACUCGGUCGCUUCUCUAUUUGAGGUCUUCCGGCGCGUCUGA